GGUUAAUUAAUGGAUCCAUGAUCCAUCCAACCGUACGUUGUACCAAAAAAAAAUAUUUAGAUUAUUAAUUUUUUCUCUAAUCAAUAAUUAAUUACGUCCCCAACUCCCCAUCUCUCUUCCUCUAUAAUAUAUAAUCAUUUCAAGUUCCUCUGUAAAUCAAACUAUCAAAGCUUUCUCUGCCCCAUCUCUGUUCUCAACAAAACCAAGAAUUAUGGUGAGAUCAGUCUUUCUUCUCUACAACCUCUUUCACUCCUUUCUUCUUUGUUUAGUCCCCAAGAAGCUCCGAGUUCUCUUCCCUCCUUCUUGGUACAUCGACGACAAGAACCCACCUCCACCGUCUCAGUUGGAAACUGAAUCUCCUGGGAGAACAGAUCUGGUGGAUCUAAAACGAGUGUUUCAGAUGUUCGACAAGAACGGAGACGGACGCAUCACAAAGGAAGAACUAAACGAUUCUCUAGAGAAUCUAGGAAUCUUUAUGCCUGACAAAGAUCUGAUCCAAAUGAUCCAGAAGAUGGAUGCAAAUGGAGAUGGGUGCGUAGACAUAAACGAGUUUGAGUCUCUUUACGGUUCGAUUGUGGAGGAAAAAGAGGAAGAGGACAUGAGGGACGCGUUCAACGUGUUUGAUCAAGACGGUGAUGGGUUUAUCACUGUUAAGGAGUUGAAGUCUGUGAUGGCUUCCUUGGGGCUCAAGCAAGGUAGAACCCUAAAGUGUUGUAAAGAGAUGAUUAUGCAAGUGGAUGAAGAUGGAGAUGGUAGAGUCAAUUACAAGGAGUUUCUUCAGAUGAUGAAAAGUGUUGGCUUUAGCAAUAGAUCAUGAAUUGAUCUUUUUUUCUUUUGUCGCUUCGACAGUUUUUAUAUCUAAUAGGUUUUCGAUUUGCCUUUGCUUCUUUAGAGAUUUUAGGCGAGCCAAUUCAAGAACAUUGGUGCUUGUUUUUUUUUUUGUUUUUUUCUCCUCUAGCAAUCACAUAUAUAAAUGUCACUAACUUGAGCCUACAUAAAGGGAUUAUAUAUGGUUUGGCCGAACACUCGGAGCUUUUUUUA